GUAACUUGUAUCUGACACACAGGAACUAUAAGUCCCCCUAUGCUUUCUGACAACAACCGUAGCAGUAACGCCUGGAUAAUUACGGUCAAGCAUGGCUGUGUUUGAGAACUGCUCCAUGCUUUUUGAGCUGAAAACUUUGCCCUUCAAGGAGAAGACUAAGCUGAAAUCAGCAGUAACAGAAAAUGGAGGCAACAUUUCCUUUGUGGUCAAUAAACAGUGCUCUUUGAUUGUGACCAGUAAUGUGUCCAACCUGAGCUCCAACAGGCUGCGUAGCAUCCAAAAAUACCAAACGCCUGUGGUCGGGGUGGAUUAUGUGUACAGCUGUCUGGAGAGAGGUGUUCUUCUGCCUGUGGAUGAAUACAAGCUGGAUACUUCCUCUGCUUUUUCACUUCCUCUUCCUUUCUCCUCCAUGAUGCAAAGUCCACUCUCACAUCAAGUACCAACGAGCAAAGCAGUUGCUGAGCUGUCCAAAGGCCCAGCCAAACCUGUGGACUCUGUCCUCCUAAAUCAGAAGGCAAGGUCUCCAGAGAGGAGUGGAAACAUCCUGGAAAUGUUCAGAAUUUAUACUGAAACUGAUUUUGAUCUUCCAACGUAUCCGGAAGAUUUUCAAGUGGCGAAGUAUUCAGUCUUUGAAAAGAAAAACAGCAAGACUUGGUGUGUGCUGGAGCUGCAGAGUUACAAAGGAGAGAAAGGAUGGCAGUACCGUGUGGUCAGGUACUGGAAGGACGAUAUAGGAGCCAAGAAGGCGGCGGUGAGGGAUAUGCUGGUGUUUCUGUCCACCUCAGAGGAAGCUCUGGAGGUGUACAAGGCCCUGAGAGAGAAACUGCAGGCUACUGGUCUGCAGCUGAGGAACAACACGCCUUCGCAGACCGGGGACCUGGGCUCCGCCCCCCUCCAACAGCUGCUGCUGGAGGAGAAGCUGAACACAGGAAGCUUAUCACAGGAAGUGGGCGUGUUUGUGGAGCUGCUGUGGACUGAGGCCCUGGGCUGCCUUAGCAACAUCCUCCGAGUUCCGAUCGAUAAGCUCAGCCUCAACGAUGUGAGCAGGGCGGAGGGCUUGUUGCUUCAGGCUCAGAGGAAGCGGAGAGAGGGAAAUACUCAUGAGGUGGUGUCUCUCCUUGGUGAGGUUUACGUCCUGCUGCCGCACAUACAACCACUGAUUUACCCCUUGUCUCCCACUGCCAAGUUCAUCUCUCAGAAACUGGACCUCUGUCAGUUAAUCAAAGAUGUUCUGAACGUGAGCGAGAUGACUCUGAGGAGCCCCACGCCGUCUUGUCUGGGGAAGUACCGCGCUCUGAGGUGCAGCAUUGAGACUGUCCCCCCCGGCACCGCCGAGUUUCAGGCUGUGACCGCUCUGCUGCAGGACAGCAAGGUGCAGGUCCAGCAGGUUCUGUGUGUCCGCAGAGGGGUGGAGCUACAGACGUUUAAGAGUGAUAUCGGCAACAUUAAGCCCCUCCUCCAUUCCAGCAGCCCCAGCAACUUUGUGGGACUGCUGUCUCGUGGUCUGCUGCUGCCCCGUGUUGGAGUGGAGCAUCAUGGGAUAGAGAGAACAGACGUUGGUAAUCUGGGAAGUGGAAUCUACUUUAGUGAUGCCAUGAGCACCAGUUUGAAAUACUCCAAGCCCAGUGAGACAGACGGCUCUCGGCUGCUGUUGGUGUGUGAUGUGGCGUUGGGACGAUGCGAGCGGGUACACAAGAGAGACCUCACACUGACCCAGGCUCCUGAGGGCCACCACAGCGUGCACGGCGUCCGCCGCACCCCUAACACUCCCUCUGAGUUUGAGGACGACGAGUACGUGGUUUACAGUCCCGAUCAGGUGAAACUGAAGUAUGUGGUUCAGUUCAGUGUCGAGGGAGAACAACUGAAGGAGUUCAGUCCUGCCAUCGACACCUCAGCUGAGCUGGGUCUGCCCUCUUCAGACCAGCAAGAAACAGAGUGCAUCUUGGACGAUCAGGGAUUUGAAAACAUCAAAAACCCACUGGCGGAUGUGACAGCUGGACUGUUGGACAGUUCUGGUCAGCAGCUCCCUCUGCAGGCUGUACAUGUGAAGUGCAAGCUGAUGGAUCUGCUUUCUCAGGUCAUCAUUUUCCAGAAAUACACCAACCUGAGCCCUGUGCCCAUUGAGGCAAAGUAUGUCUUCCCGUUGGAUGAUUCUGCAGCAGUGUGUGGAUUUGAAGCUUUCAUCAAUGGGAAACAUGUGGUGGGACAGGUGAAGGAGAAGGAGCAGGCUCGCAAGGAGUACAAGCAGGCUAUUGAGAGAGGCCAUGGAGCCUACCUCAUGGACCAGGACGCCCCCGAUGUAUUUACCAUCAGUGUUGGCAAUCUUCCGCCCGGUGCGACUGUCCUCAUUAAAGUUACAUUUGUGUCUGAGCUGAUCGUCCGGGACGGGAGCAUUCUCUUCUCCCUCCCUGGGAGUGUGGCUCCGUGGCAGGAGAGUGCGGCGCUAAACCAGACCACACAAGUCACUGUGGAGAAGGUGUGUGUGACUGAUGAGGCAAGAGUGUUCACUCUGGACAUGUCAGUUGAGAUGCCGCAUGAGAUCACCAACCUACAGUGCAUCACUCACAAAGUCAAGAUCAAGAGAACCGACUGUAAGGCGGUGGUGAGCGUGCUGCCAGGAGAGGUCAUGGGACAGGAAGGUUUCCAGCUGUCAGUCACUCUAUCUGAGGUCCACCUGCCCAGGAUGUGGGUGGAGAAACACCCCGACAAGGACAGCCAGGCGAGCAUGUUAGUUUUCUAUCCAGACUUUGAAGACAACUCCAGUUCAGCAUCCGAUGAAGUCAUCCUCUUGCUGGACACGUCUGAGUCCAUGAAGGAAGAGUCUCUCCGCAUGGCCCAGAAACUCGCCCUGCAGGUCCUCAAAACCCUCGACCACAACCUCAGACUCAAUGUCAUUUUCUUUGGCACAGAUCACACAGAAGCUUUCCUGGCAGCACAGCCGUAUGUUAAAGCCCGUCCAGCAGCCGAGAGCUUCAUCAAGCGCUCCAGCCCAGUCGGGGGCAGCACUGAGCUUUGGCGGCCUCUGCGAGCUCUCAGCCUGCUGCCUCCAUCCCGCGGCGUCAGGAACCUGCUGCUGCUGUCGGACGGCCACAUCCAGAACGCGGAGCUCACCUUGCAACUGCUCAGAGACAAUGCUCAGCACAGCCGCCUCUUCACCUGCGGCCUCAGCCCGACAGCCAAUCGGCACAUGCUAAGAGCCCUGGCCAGGGCAGGGGGUGGAGCCUACGAAUUCUUCGACACAAAAACCAAACACAAUUGGGCAGAGAAGGUGGCGUGUCAGGUGAAGCGUAUGUCGUCUCCUGGCUGCAGUUCAGUGUCAGUAAAGUGGCAGCAGUUCAACCCAACAGCUGCCCCUCCUGUGCAAGCCCCCAAGCAGCUCAAUGCUCUGUUCAAUGACUGCCACACCCUGGUUUACGGCUUUGUUCCGCACUGCACUCAGGCCACCCUCCUUGGAAACCUGAGCGGUCAGGAACUCAAAACCAUGGUGUCGACCAGUGAGCUGCAGAAGACCAGGGGCACGUUUCUUCACAAGCUCACAGCGAGGGCCCUCAUCAGGGAUUACGAAGACGGAAGCCUGGAUACAAAUGAAGCUGAACAUGAGGGGAAGAAAGCGGAGUUGAAGCGCUUCAUCAUCGAGUUAAGCAAGGAGUUCUCCAUCCUGUCUCAGUUCACCAGCUUUGUGGCCAUCGAGGAAAGGGACUCCGAACAAACAGAGGAGGGCUUCACGGACAUCCCCAAGUUAAUCGAAGAUGAAGAUGUGGACUUCCUCCCCUACAUCAGCUGGAUUUCUCCUCAGGAUAGUAAAGAGGAUCAGUUAGCGGAUGAUAGUUCUUCGGAGAGUGAAGAAAGUUUGGAUGAUGAAGAGCAGGGGCACCAUGAUCUUAUGAAGUACGGGGUAGAGUCUGAAGUGUAUGAUGUUUUGGUUGGAAGUUGCCUCGAGUCAGCAGCUGUGUAUGAAGAAUGUUCAGAUGAAGUGAUGACGGAUGGACGUUGUCAGACAGAGGAAAUAAAGGCUCCAGUUUAUGCAGCCAAGGGUGUCCAGAUUAGGGAACUCAUGGCAAUGAGCUACCGAGAAGCGUGUCCCCAAAUUUUACGUAGGCAACUCCUACCGGACCUAGCCUAUAUGGUCCCUCCCCCUCCUCCUCCUCGUCCUCCUCCUUGUCCACCCGGUGCUUCACAUAUGCGACCCAUACUUAUGUCCUCUGCGGUCCCCUCACCUCCCUCUUCAUUGUUUGGUUCAGCCCACUCAUUUGAUCGUCUUCCUGGUGUUCCUCCACCUACGUCUUGCUCCUACAAUGCCAUGCCAGCUUCUGUCAGUCAGUCACUGGGUUUACCGAGUUCAGACAGCUCAGGGAUACAACAUUUCAGUCAACUACAGUCAGCGAUGCACAGUUCCUUUGCACCUAAAAUCCCCAGAGGCUUUGGCAGCAUGAGACAUACCACAUCCUCUAACUCAAUGGAUAUGUCUUCUACUGCACCUUCUCCUAUGGCAUUUUCUCCUAUGGCAUUUUCUCCUAUGGCAUUUUCUUCAGCAAUGCAGAUGUAUGUACGACAACAACAACAACAACAACAACAACAACAACAACAACAACAACAACAACAACAACAACAACAACAACAACAACAACAACAACAACAACAACAACAACAACCAGAUUUUAGUGUCCGUAACAUGUCCCUUUUGCCUCAAGUCAGAUGUUUUGAAAGGAGUCUUCCCGUAACACAAGCAUGUUUUGGUAGUUUUACAUCUCUAAAACAGUCACGUUUUGAUCCAAGUUGCUUUCUGCCUCAACACCAACCCAUUGAACAGGAUGUUGGUGUUAUAUCUGUUGAACCAGAAAAUCAAGAAUGUAUAAGUUCAAAACUGAGAAGAGAAAUAAAAUCAAUGCAGGAAGCAGACGUUCUACCAGCACCUGCACCUGAUGGAUAUGUACCUCAGGCUCAUUUAAGGAAGGGAUCGCGCCUUGCUAUGAUGUGCAAAAGGCGCCGUGCUGUGCCUUUAUCCCAACCCCUCGAGGACAAGUCAGCAGAUCCUGAAGUGCUGCAGCUCAGAUGGACAAAGAUCUUCCAGAUGCAGCAUUGGAAGGGCUACUGGGAGUUAACCACAGAACUGGGUGAGCUCGUGAAUGUCGAUGCAGACCUCUUUGCCAACGUCUUCCUGAAGAACAAGGGCAUCCAGUCUCUAGGUGUGAGGGCCCAUGAAGACAUCCUGAGGCUGGUGGCGACUCUUCUGGUUCUGCAGCUGAUGAGGGAGGAGAAGCUGAAGGAGGGCAAACUGCUCCGCACUCUCUUCUGUUUGGAAGACUCCCUUCAGCCAAGGCCCGAGCGGUGGGAAGAGGUGAAGAGGGCGGUGGACUGGGUUUGCUGGGCUGACCGCCAGUACCCGUGUGUCUACAGCCGGCUGGAGUUUGGUCUGAGCUGGGAGACCUCCACCCGUCAGCUGCUGGGUUUCGAGGGCCUCCCUCCCUUCUCACCUCUUAGUGGUCUGAAACUGCAGAGGACUGUUGGGCAUCUAAUGGUCCACUGAGCACGCCAGCAUAACUAAGGGAGCAUGAAGAGAAGAUAGUGUGAGAGAAAUUCAUAACACUUUUCCGUUUUUCAGGGGAUUUCUUUUUUUUUUUGUGGGGCUUUUGUGGGUCGGAUUCAAACCCACAGCCGCUGCCAGGGACUCGGCCUACAUGGGGCGCACACUCUACUGGGUGAGCUAGAUGUCGCCCCGGGAUGAGAUUAUCUUUGCGAUUUAUUUCUUACAUAUGCAUGAUUUAUACUCACUUUAUACACUAAAAUAACCAGGUCCAGUUGAUUUCUUCAGUAAUCUAAUUUCUUUAAACUUCACGAAUACAAGAAAUGCAGUUUUUUUUUUAAUCGGUGUAGGGGUUUGGAGAUUUAUAUUUCUCCUGGUUAAUUUCUUGGACAUAUAGGGAUAUAGUAAUAACCGGGUUUCUAACUGCUUUCUACAUGUACGCAUGUCUAUGACAAAGCCUUCAGACAGGGAAAUUAUCACUGUGACAGCAGGGCAUCUGCGUGUUCAGAAUAUUCCCAUCCAAAAUUACACUAAAACUGAAACUACCGUAAUACCGCAGUAUCUAGAAGUGCAGUUUCCUCUGAGCGUUAAAUUAGACACAGCUGUCUUCCCACUGACACAAACACACACACGCGCGCACACACACACACAGACACACACACAGACGCAUACGCAUACGUGAAAAAAUCACAGCAGUCAAAGUCAUUUUGUGAUAUUUCUGAAUAAGGUCAGAAGUGGACCAAUGUGAUGACUGACCUGCUGCAUAUGUAACCUGGUUUCUCUGAGUAACCUUGUUACUUGAGUGCAUCUGAAUCUUUUGUGUGUUUUAUAAAACUACUGUACCAAAUAAUACAUAUACAACUGCAAUACAUAUACAACUGCCUUUCAGCACCUUUGAUUACUUUAUUGAAUGAUAGAAGUUCAAAAA